AAAUAUAGCGUUGAGUGCUUUAGGCCAGUCAACAAGAAGACCGGUGAUCUUGUUGGAGUCAAGGAAAUCGAAGCAAUAGACACAAUUUAUUCAAAGAAAAAUCCAACAACAGUUUACCAAAAAAAUUAUCAAACUUCAUUAAUCAUCCUCUUAUAUUUCGGAAGGGGAAAAGUGAAAAUUUUUCUUUCGGAGCAUCUUUGAAAAAUUGUCGUUGUCUAAUUUAUUGACGUCGAAAAGAAGGAAUGGCGUUUUUAAGAACAGUAUCGAAGCAAUGUGCCGGUAAAAAAUUGGAUAAAUAUCUCAUGGCAUUGCCUCCCGGUUUAUUUGAGAGCGUGGCAAGGCCGUCUGUGAAUAUAAUGCAGUUAUGCGUUAAAGGAUGUGCCACAAGUUCAUCUACAGCUGGAGCUGAGGUAAAACCUGUUCCACGACAAAUCGACCCUUUGGAUCUAAGGUUUAAUGAUCCCGUGGCAUCAUUCAAGAGUAAAACAAUGACUGAAUUAAUAAGAGCAUAUGUAGUUUAUCAACUUUGUUCCAUCGAGUACUUGGUCGAGAACAAUUCCAAGAUUAUGAAACUGGUGAAUAGAGCGAUAGGCGACAGACUCUUCUCCCUGAUAAUGAAAUGCACUUUUUACGGUCAUUUUGUCGCUGGUGAGGACGAAGUAAAAAUCAGACCUGUUAUUGAAAGACUACGACAAUUUGGCGUGAAACCGAUAUUGGAUUAUUCCGUUGAGGAAGAUAUUUCACAAGAAGAAGCCGAGAGAAGGGAACUUCAAGCCUCAGUCUCUGAAGCCGGAGACCAACAGCAGGAGGGUGCAUUAAAGAAAUAUCACGUGGAGAAAUCAUUCGCGGAUCGACGAUAUAAAGUUUCAUCGGCAAGGACCUAUUUCUAUUUGAAUGAAGCCUCCUGCGAACGAAACAUGGACGUCUUCAUUAAUAGUUUAGAAGCCAUUGCAAAUGUCUCCAUGGGUACCGGUAUCGCUGCUGUUAAAUUAACCGCUCUUGGUCGACCUCAACUCUUGCUUCAAUUGUCUGAAGUAAUUAUGCGAGCCCGACAGUACAUGAACGAUGUGGUUGGCGGUGAAGGUGCCGUUUUGGAUCAUCACGCGAAACCUGAUGAUUUUAAAAAGAAAUUCGAAGAUGCACACAUUCAGGACGCUGUACCAGUGAAGAAAUUCCUCGAUAAAAUCCAAUCAGAUAAAGAAGGUGUCAUUCACUUGUUCCCCUGGAGUGGAAUCCUAGACGAAAAUUACGAGCUGAGUGAAACUUUCCAAGUUCCGGAUAUUAAGACUGGAAAAAUGGUGAAACUCAUGUCCCAGCUGACAUCCAAAGAAGAAGAAAUGUUUAGAAAUAUGAUUAGAAGAUUUAAUAGUCUUGUCUCGAUAGCUGACAAGUUAAACGUUAGAAUAAUGAUUGACGCUGAGCAGACGUACUUUCAGCCGGCAAUAUCAAGGUUAACAUUGGAGAUGAUGCGCAAGUACAAUACAAAGAAGGCUGUGGUGUUCAACACAUAUCAAACAUACCUUAAGGAUGCCUACAAUGAAGUGAAAACCGAUCUAGAGCAGGCAGAACGUCAAAAUUUCUACUUUGGCGCUAAAAUUGUUCGCGGUGCUUACAUUGAACAGGAACGAGCAAGAGCUGCAGCAAUGGGUUAUUCUGACCCAACAAAUCCCACUUUUGAGGCCACUACGGAAUGUUAUCACAAGACCCUGAUGGAAUGCUUGCGAAGAAUGAAGCAGUACAAAGACAAGGGAGAGGAUCCGAAAAAAAUCGGUAUCAUGGUUGCAUCGCACAAUGAGAAUACUGUGCGUUUCGCAAUUGAAAAAAUGAAAGAAAUCGGAAUAUCGCCCGAAGAUAAAGUCAUUUGUUUCGGUCAAUUAUUAGGCAUGUGUGAUUACAUUACAUUCCCUCUCGGACAAUCGGGAUACUCGGCUUAUAAAUACAUUCCGUAUGGUCCGGUGAAAGAAGUAUUACCAUAUUUGUCUCGCAGGGCACAGGAAAAUCGAGGCGUUCUUAAGAAGAUAAAAAAGGAAAAGGCACUUUUAUUAAACGAAAUUUUUAGGCGCAUUGUCCGUGGACAAAUAUUUUACAAACCCAAAGGCAAUUAUACUCCCGUUUGAACAAUUACCGCUUUUAUCCGGCGCGAGUCGAGAAUUAAAGUUUUUAAAAGUAGCAAUUGCAGUUUAACGAAUCUCAAAAUGAUCAUAAUAUAAAAAAAGUCGACGAAUUGAAUGAAAAAAAAAUUUAACGCAUUCAUCACAAAAUUGAUGGAAUUCCGAAUAAAAGACAAAUAUACGAUGAGAAAAAUAAAAGCUCUGUGAGCUAUUAAAAUAAGUAAAAUCGCUUCGAAGCGAUUAAAUUAAACGUUAAAAAAACUUGCGUGACAGUAAGAAGAAGAUCAGCAGGAUCUGAUAGAAUUUUUUUUUAAAUAGUGAAUUGGAUUUUAACUCAUGAGUAAAGACGUUUAUAAUUUCGCAUCAUUAUUGCUUUCCCUGGCGAAUUUAUUUUGAUACGAAAAUAUCUAAAAACGAAAGAAAAAAAGGAAAAAAAAAAGUUUCUGAAGUAAUGAAAUAUUUCAUGAACUUUUUUCUAUAUUUAGUGUCCUACGUCUGUAAUAGUUGAAUUGAUUGUUUUAAAUCAGUUACUCAAAAUAUGCCAAUGGAAAUUUUUCGUAGAAAUGUUUUUUUUGCAAUUUUAUUUAUUUUAGACUCGCAUUUUCCGUUUAGAAUUUAGGAUUAGUGAUUUUUAUGUUUUAAUGUUGAUUUAUUACGUCGAGCUCUUUUUAAUUUUCAAUUUUAUAAAACUGCAAUUAUUAAGUUUGACAUUCAUCUUGUAGACGACAAUAUUAUUAACGUUUUAAUUUGUUCUUUUUUUUGUAAACAAUUUUGUAAGAAAGAAACGGAAAGUAAAACGAGAUGGAGAGAGAGAGAGAAAGAGAGA